AUGCUAGAGCUUGCGGACUGGCGACCCGAGGACAUCAAAAUCCAAGCCUCUAAGGUCUCAAACACACCACUCCUCCAGCGUCCACCACCGCCGCUCACUUCCCCACUCCCUGCUCACCCCUCAACAACGGUAGCAACACCACCCCCACCAAUUCCCAACCUCUUGAGCUGCCAUGACUAUAAAGGCGGCUACCACCCAAGUGAAUCCGCCCAAGGUCAAUUCCCCGCCCCACCUGAGCCAAUUUACACGGCAGCGCAUCUCCACCUCAUCUCCACCUUCGUCUACUUUUCCCACAACCUCGUCUCCAUCCCACCGAGCCCAUGGAUAAACACGCUCCACCGGAACGGUGUCCGGGUCCUCGGCACGUUUAUCGUCGAGCACCAUGUCGGGUCCACCGCUCUCUCCCGACUGUUGGAUAAAGGUUCGGAGGGAGAAUACAUAUUCGCGACGCAAUUGGCACUGAUUGCAGAAACCUACGGAUUCGACGGAUGGCUAAUGAACAUCGAGGCCUCGUUUCCCGGGGAAAGUUUCAGGCCGGGCGAGUUGCAGGCGUUUCUAAGAGAGCUCAGAAGCGCCGUGGCGGAAUUGGUUCCAGGUGGGCAGGUGAUAUGGUAUGAUGCACUAACAGUGCUCAACCAAGUGCACUGGCAGAACGGGCUUACUUUACUCAACGCGCCGUUUUUCGCGGUCACUGACGGGAUGUUUACGAAUUAUGGGUGGCGGGAGCCGCAGUUACAGGCUACGAGGAUCAUGGCCGACUCUAUGAAUCGGGUGCCCGAUAUAUACACUGGGAUAGACUGCUUUGGUCGGGGAUCGCUGGGUGGUGGGGGUUUCGGGGUCGGUGAGGCACUCUCCGCUAUUUGGAGGGCGGGAACAUCCGCGGCGCUGUUCGCGCCCGGAUGGACGUAUGAGCACUUUGACGGCAAGGAUUUUGAAACCGUCGAUCGGAGAUUCUGGGUCGGUGAUGGGGGCGACGUCGAGGGUAGCUCUGUGAAGCCAGUUUCGUACUUUGUCUCUGAGAAAGCAUGUGGUGGUUCGGAAUUCUUCGUAACGAAUUUCAAUAGAGGAUUCGGAAAAGGGUGGUGGGUUGAUGGAAUUGUCUGUUCUACCCCACGCGCGCACACCCCAACCCCAUGCCCUGCUGAUAUAAAAGGCUUCGUAUGAUAGAAAGUCAUGAAUAUGCCAUGGGUGCACAUGGGCGCGCAGUCAAUCCUUCCAUCCAAGAGCCCCCGGGCCACGGAUAGAUUGAAGUGGUCGUUUACCGACGAAACGGCUUACUUUGGCGGCACGAGUCUGAAUAUUUCUACUGUCGCUGGGAUCGUCACCGGGGAAGUGGUCUUCUGUCCGUUAUAUUCCACGAAGAUUACCGCGAAUGGAUCUUCCAUCCAAAUGGCAUACUUACUCCCGGAACGAUCUCCCACUGAAAUCCUGGAAGGAGAAGUAGUAGGAGUAUACUACACCUCCAGCACAACACAGACACAAGCGCUGCUACCCCUACCGCAAACCCGUGGGUCCUGGAAGAUCACCACAUUCCCACCCAUAAUUGCAGACCCCAACGAAAAGAUAAUAGAGCUGGGCAUCUACUACAAACACCCUCCCACCAUCACCGCCCCCGGAUAUAAAGUAUUAACCAUAGGAAACCUCCACAUAUCCCCAGUACCAACAAUCCCCGAACGACCGUCCCGCAUCACAGACGUAGUCUCCACGCUCGAAGAAGACGGCAGCAUAAAGCUCAGUUGGGGGGCCUACAAGCACGACUUUUCACCCGCUAUGGAGAAACUGCGGAGUGUGCCUGGGUGCUUUAGUCGGAGGACGGGGGAUUUCGCGAGUUUUCUUGUGUGGAGGGGUGAGGAGUUGGUGGGGGUUAGUUAUUGCCUUGAGUAUAAUGUCCCGGCUGGAAUGGCGGUUGGUGAUUGGAGGGCUGAUGGGGUGAUGUGGGGCGGGGGUAUUGUUAGGGGUGGUGGAGGGAGGUGAGUCGAUUCCUGGUAUACAGGGAAUGAAGGAAUGAAGGAGGGAUGGAGGGAAGGGAGAAGGGGUUGCGGGGGAUUUUUAUAUGAGGGGGUCGGAUUGUGUAAUGGGGGAUUGAUGGGAAUGAUCGUUAGCUACUGUGUCUUUGAGUUAAUAUACGAGAGCUAUGAUGCUAGUGCCGUGAAGGAUAGGCCGCAUGUAAAUAGUCAAGUUGAAGCCUCCUCAGGUGUCAGAAAACCGGA